AUGGUCGUCCGAAUCCGCCUAGCACGCUUCGGCAACAAGCACAACCCCUUCUUCAACAUUGUUGUUUCGCAAGCCCGAUUUCAAAUUGACUUGUGUUCAGUUGUGCCCGCGGCGCGAAGCCCUCUCGAAGUCAUCGGCACCUACAACCCCAUCCCUAAACGUCCCACGAAUCUGUACGAUGAGAACGCCGAUGCCCGCCCAUACAAAGAAAUCUCACUCGACAGUUCUCGCGCAAAGUACUGGCUGGGUGUUGGUGCGCAACCCAGCGACCCUGUCUGGAAGCUGUUGAGCAUGGCUGGCUAUGUUGUGCCCAAACCUACCACCUACCACAAGGCUUAA